AUGGUUUAUAAUAAACAUUCCGCCUUUUUGGAAACUCUUUGGAAUUCUAACGAAGCCUUGAAACCUUUUAUUUUGGACACUACACCAAAUGUUAAUUAUGUGUUUAUCCCAACGGACGACAAUGCUGUAGACGAGGCAAAAUGGUUACAAAGUAGGAUAAGGUCCCAAACAUCCACUGACAUUUGGGAGAAAAUUGAAAAUAAAUUUCAUUUUGUUGUUCAACCCGUUUUUCAGUUGGGGAAUUGGCUUCCUGCUUGUCUCAAAGAGUGGAGAUGUGUGGACCAUGGCUGCGGCCUCAACCAAGUUUUAAUUCAUUCAAACAGUUUAGAAUACCCUUUUGUAUUGAAACGUAUCGAUGCUCGUUAUGACUGGCUUCCCUCCCCUGUGAAAUUUGGUAACAAAACUUUGCCCUUGGUUUUUGCUGAGGAUGGAUGCCAGGAAAACUCAUCAGUGGCAGGCGCCAUUGCUCUUGUUUCAGAUGUGGGAUGCAAUUUUUACACAAAGAUUUUAAUGAUGGCAAAAUCAUCUGCACUUGGUGUUCUCAUUUAUGUCAGCCCUGGACAUCAAUUAAAAGAUAUGAACUGUGAAGAUGAAGACUGCCUGAAUCCAAUAGACAUACCGGCCAGUAUGGUUCCAUUCUCACCAUUCCUUUUUAGAAGUUGGAGUGUUCAAUUCCAGACCAGUUCAUCUGACAAUUUUUAUAUGGCCAUUGAUUCACUUGGAAGAUUAAAUGAAGUUGGAUGGCUUCUCUAUCCUUCAGCAAGUUUUAUUGUCUGGCAGGCUCAGUGGAUGGCAUUUAAAGAAAGGCUUGAGCGGAAACUUCAGCAGAAGUCCAAAGUUGUUUCUCUUUUUGAAAAUGCCAUCAUGCAAGGAAAACCAGGGGUUUUAGUCAAUGUAACUUUACCACCACUUGAAGAAUUACGCAAUUUCUCCAAGUUUGAGCUGCAUGCUGACCUGUCUUGUCCAGGAACAAAAGACACUACAUGUCCUCAUUGGGACCGUACAAUUGGACUCCAUGUCUGCUGUGAUCCAAAGUCUCCAUUGUGUGGCAUGGAACUUGGCAGAUGGAUCUCGCCAUUCCGAAGGCGUAUUGGCAGCUGGCUAACUGACGUGAGUCCACUCCUUCCCCUGCUAUCCACUCGACAAUGCACCUUCCAUAUGUACACCGACCCAUGGGCAUCACCAUGGAAACCAUCUGUCAAUCUGAGAUUCUCUAAGUCUGAAAAACCGAGUGAUAUCUAUCCUGCAGAAGCACAAGUACUUUACCAACCAGGGGCUACAUUUGAUCAUAAUUACAAUCGUCACUUCAAGCCUUAUUUUUUUAAUGUCUCAAAGGAGCAUACAAAGGUUGUUAUUUAUGCUGUCAUCACAGGACACGGUAGUGAUGAUAAUAAUUGUGGGGAGUUCUGUGUAACUUCUCAUCAUUUUAUCAUUAAUGGAAAAGAACACAGCAUCAAAUUCAACAAUGCAGGUACUCCUUUAGGCUGUGCUAAGCAAGUUCCAGAAGGGGUAGUUCCAAAUGAGCAUGGCACCUGGUUGUAUGGACGUGAUGGGUGGUGUGAUGGUCAACAGGGUGCUCCAGUUGUAUCCUUUUGUCAUGCAGGCCAAUAUGCCAAGACAGUGGGGCUGUGGGGUCUUACACUCCCCCAUCCCUGGAAAAAUUACCCCCCCCCACAUAUGUGA